CUCAUUUCUGACUGUUUUUCUUUCUGAAAAGAACAUCGGUUUUUUCGAGUUCGCCAGGACGUGGUUAUCUGUGAAAGUCUCUCUUGAGUUCCUGACGGUUGAAUAAUAUUUACUGGACAGGCUGAGAUCCAGUCUGUAACUUUAUAUUGCUCUGUAAAGGCGAUAUACUCUGAGGAACCGAAUGUGAUGGUGGAAGAAGAUUUUGAGCAAAUCCUUCGUGAAUGGAAUUCGAUUGCGGAAAACAUACCUGGAGAGACUUUUGCAACGUUGAUUAGUCGAACCAAGAAUAUUCUUAGCUGCUUUCAAGAUGCAAAGGGGUUGCGGCAGUUCGUAGAAAGGCUAUAUAAUUCGAUAGCUUUCCCAGGGUUGGCGAAUCUUCUCAAGAUAACAAGGAAUAAUCAAAUUCGGGGUGAUAUAUUAUAUAUUAUCCAAGCAAUUUUUGAAGUUCUUUUGGCAACUAAAAAAGAUACGCCAUUUUUGAGUGUGGUGAGCCCUACGUUACUACUAUUAUGGCCUAUACUAAUCGAAUUGGCAUUCGAAUUUGGGUUUUCCGUACUAACAGAACACCGCUUUUUAGCUUUGGACAUUCUAAAUCACAUUUUUAAAAAUAAGACAAAUGCAUUGACUGUUUGCCAACGCCAAACGGUCGAAGCAAACCAGCUAGUCCUCGACGUUCUAAAGUUGCUCGAGUCAAAGAGUGGUAACCGAAAGCUGACACUGAAACAGCACAAAUGCGCUGCGUCCAUUUUAUCGAGCAUUUCCCGGCACAAAGAAGGACGCCAACUAAUUAUCGAAGCCAAAGUCGUAGAACGCUUGCACGCUUUCUUGCUUAUGAUUCAAAAUGAAAAAAAUCGCGACACCAUCAUCUACAAAAUUGGGCAGACUAUUCUUAGAUGUGGUCCACUUCAUGAUCUACUUGUAACAGGAUGCAAAUACUCUGCUCUCAGCUACUCGCCUUUUGGAUCUUCCGCAUUGUCAGGCGAUACCGCGUCCUCGGAUUCGAGUGAAGAAAGCGAAGAAGAGGAAGAGACAGGAAAAAGUUCUCUUCCAGAUUCUCGUACGUGUUCGUUCACCAAUGGCACAAAAAAGAAGUCAAAGAAAUGCCAUCCACCACUGAAUCCAUACCGAAGUGCUGAAGAGCUGGAACAAUAUCGGCAGCAUUUCGAUUCCACUGAGCAAGACAACGAAGAUGAGCUAACAAAUGCGUCUCAAUCGAUAGGGUCAGGUUGGACCCGCCAGCAAAUUUAUGAAUAUUUUGCUCGUCGAACCAAAUCCAUCCAUGGUUUUCGUCUUAUUCCGUGUCCGGAUUGGAUUAAUGCGGUUGGAAACAUAGCUGAAGAGCCCUUCUUCAUAAAAGAUCGCACUGUGUGCAGGAGUAAAUUAUUCAAGUCAUUAAACUUGGUUUUAAAUCCAAAUUCGUAUCGGCCGGUAGUCGUUUACGACCUUGACGCUCAGUUGUUGGAAGCCGAGCAAACACGCUCAAUCCGCAUGGAAGAUAUUGAAACGAUAUCAAAACAUCACAUAGGCAAACCCGAUGUACCGCUGGAAUUUGAAUCGCGCUUUGAAAGUGGCAACCUCCGUCGUGCUAUGCGGGUUGGAAAACAGGAGUAUGAUCUGAUAUUGAAUUCUGACGUGAAUUCAUGUGGACGUCAACAGUGGUUCUACUUUCGAAUUUCUGGUGAAGGUGUAUGUCCAUCCAACACGUACACUUUCAAUAUUAUAAAUUUGGAGAAACAACGAACACUGUUUAAUCAAGGCAUGCAACCCGUGAUAUUCUCUGUGAAGCGUUACUUGGCGUCCGGCUAUCCACUUUGGGAGCGCAGUGGCACGUCUAUAUGUUAUUAUCGCAACGGCUUCCGACAAACUGUUGCCGAUCAGUCUUAUUGGAGCCUUUCAUUCACCCUUCGGUUCCCAUACGAUAACGACGUCGUAUAUAUUGCCUAUCACUAUCCGUAUACCUACAGUCAACUAAUGACAGAUACCGUUACAUGGCAAAGAAGCAUUUUUCCCCUUAAAGACGAUCGUUUACGCGUGACUACUCUUUGUCGCUCUCCCUGUGGGAACCUUGUUCCUUUGUUACUCAUUGACUACAAAGGAGAUGCAAAGUCCUCUUGCGUUUUUAUGUCUCGAGUCCAUCCUGGCGAAUCGAACUCCUCGUGGGUAAUGAGAGGCCUCAUCAUCACAGCUCUGCAGAAUGUGGUUGACUCCAAGCAAGCGCAUCCUCUUGUGAUCCUGCCGAUGUUGAAUGUCGACGGGACGGUGCAUGGAUGUAGUCGGACUGAGUUAAGUAACGAGGAUCUAAACCGACGUUGGCUAACGCCUGACUUGUAUCGCCAUCCAACCAUUUACCACGCCAAGGGUUUACUCGAGUUCAUGUGCCGGAUCCUUGAUGCCAAGCCCGUCGUGCUUUGUGAUAUGCACGGUCAUUCCCGCCGCUUCAAUGCUUUUGUCUAUGGAUGUAAAGCUUCACAGAGUUGGUGUCCGGACGAUUGGUCACAGAUGAAUGGCCAAGGUGACCAUUCUGCCAUGGAGCAGAAGAACGAUGAACGUGACAAUGAUGUCGCCAUCCCCAUACCGCUUUUCGUGCGACUACUGCAAUCGGAAUUGCCUCUUUUCGAUACAGACCAGUGUUCCUUUGAAGUUGAAAAAAAUCGUGAAACUACUGCCAGAAUCGUGGGAUGGCGUCAUCUAGGCAUCAGCAACAUCUACACUUUGGAGUGCAGUCUAGCUGGGUCUAACCAACAUCCUCCACAGGGUCCCAAGCACUUCAGCACAACCAGCUACCUACAAAUCGGGCAAGCACUUAUGAAAGUUACUAGCAUAAUAGAUUGAUAACCAGAUAACAUUUGUAGCAGGCACAUUAGGUGGUAUAAUGAAACUUCAUAAAUAGCUGAGGUAAAGACAUGUCUUCUAGAACUAUUAUGUUUAUGCCCUUGCCAGAGUUGUAAACAGUCUUGUUUUGUUUGUUAUAAAUGAUUGAUUAAUG